AAUUAGACUGGUAAAGCAAGUUGGCCAUUCAGAAGCGAGCAUGGUCUCACAUUCAUUCAUCUUCUGUAUUGUAGCAUAACGUAGUUUUCAACAGUCCGAAUAGCACGACGUAAUAAGAUGGCUUCAUUGAGAGGAACAGUUGUUAUUAUAACAGGUGCGAGCUCAGGUAUAGGAAGGGCAAUAGCUGUCCAUCUUGCUCCAUACAAACCCAAGUUAGUUCUAGCUGCUAGACGUAUCGCUGGUUUAAAGGAUACAAGUUUACAGUGUCAAGAUAAAGGAUUGGCUACAGAUAAUAUUUUGAUAGUAGAAUGUGACGUCAGUAAAGAUGAUAAUGUACAGAAUUUAGUUGAUAAAACAAUAAAAACAUUUGGUUCUAUUUAUGGAUUGGUUAAUAAUGCUGGAUACAGUAGAAUGGGAAAUACGGAACAAACGGACAUGAAAGAUUUUGAUGAAAUUAUGAGAGUCAAUUUUAGAGCUCCGUUUUAUUUGUCCAAACUCUGCAUGCCUUAUCUAAAACAAAGCAAAGGUAGUGUGGUCAACAUCUCUAGUGUCGCCUCAAAAAAAGGGAUGACCAGUGUAACACCGUACAGUCUAAGUAAAGCUGCCUUGGACAGUUUCACUCAUUUAUUGGCAGAUGAAAUUGGACCAUCUGGUGUUCGAGUUAACAGUGUCAAUCCUGGUUUUACUAGAACAGAAUUUAUCGACAAAAUAGGACUGUCAGAAGAAGCUAAAGCGGAGAUGAUAGCCAGCAACGUGAGAGCGACACCACUGGGAAAAAUAGCCGAGUCAGAAGAUGUAGCUAAACUGGUUAAAUUUCUUCUCUCGGACGAAUCAUCAUUUAUAACGGGGGAGAUAAUUUGUAUUGACGGGGGAAGGGGUAACCCAGUAUUCUAAAAAUAUGAUUUAUACUGACAUAUAAUAAAUGUAAUUUACCUAAAAGAA